CGCUGUUUCAACGAAGACGAGUGCUACACUGAAUCAGAAGAAGCGUACAAGACACGUGUUUCGUUAAUGCGUAAUAUAUAACGUAGUAUAAUAAACUGUAUGUUAUGUAGAAUUACACAAAAUUUUGUACGAAUAUAGAAAUGGCAAAUUUUCCGAUGCAAGAAAUGUUGAAGUACGGUUGGGUGAAAGGCAAAGGACUUGGUAAAAAUGAAAAUGGCAUAAGAAUACCUGUAAAACUCAUGACAAAUCAGAAUAAGACAGGUAUAGGAUACGAUGAACACAAACCUUGGUGGGACAGAGUGUAUAAUGACACCGUUAAAAACAUUAAAACCGAAUGCAAUGAUGGAAAGUUUUCUUUGAUGUCUGUCACUGAUACGGCUACUUCCAAAACUAACUAUCAAAACUUCUGGAAAAAAUCUGAGACUUUGAGUCCAUCUGAGCAAAUAAUAUUUGGAACAUGUUCAGAUUCAGAGAACUUAUGUGAGGAAACAUCUGAAUGUAUGAUCAAUCAGAAGACUGAAUUAUGUUAUAACAAAACUAUGCAUGAACCAACGGAACACAAUUUUACAUCAAAUGGAAAACUGGAAAGAAUUGCACAGCAAGAUGCAUUAUAUUUAAAUACUAACCCUCUGUUAAGUGAUUCUAUAGUCCAUCAAAAGAAUGACAUAGACAGGAAUGAAAAAUCAGACAUAAAAAAUAUAGUUUUAUCCAAAGAAAUUGCAAAACAUAAAGACAAAAUAAGUACAUUAAUGGAACUAAGUAUUUUAGAAAAGAGCGUGAUUCGUCAUUUAGAAAAGAAUAAUAAUCGAAUGCAGAACUAUUUGGAUAUGAAGAAAAAGGUAGGAGCUCAAAGGAUGAAGAAAGAUAAAUAUAAAAAGGAAAAAAAGAAUUUAAAAAAAAUGAUGUCCUUAUAUAAUUCAAUGACUUCUGAUGCUCUCGGUAGUACAAAUGAAGUAAAAAUAACAGGAGGCUUGUUCUAUCAACAUACAAGGCUGAUACAAGACAAAUUACUUAAGAUUAAAAAAAAAUCAAUAAAUCAGACAUCUGAUAUUUUACCAGAUGUGAAAUUAUUAGGAUUAGAAAGAAAACGUGAAAAGGGAAAAGAUAGUAUUGAGCAUAAAGUAGACCAAAGUUUGAAGAUGGGAACUGUGAUAGACAAUAAGGCAGACGAAUCAUUUAAAAAAGAUUGGACAAUAGUUGAUUUUGCGAAGACGGACAAGGAAAGAGAGAAUUUUGAUUGCAAGGCAAUAUUUCCGAGCAAGGCAGCUAUAGAUAGGAGGUUCGAGAAGGAAAAAGCUAAAAAUAAAUAUAACAAUCCGAUAGAAGAAAUAAAUCGCGACUUCUGCUGCCUAAGCUUAAAAAAAAAACGAACAAAGAAAAAUCUGCGCCCCCCUUCGAAAGGAAUUAUGAAAAUUACCGAAAAACUGAGAAGUGAAGCUUUGGCAAAUGAAUUAAAUUCUGCAAUACAAAAAUUAACAAUAUUUCAAAUUAACAGUACUGACAAAUUAAAUGCAAAUACCGUUAAAGAGAAAUUCGUAGUACCCACUCAAACUCAUUUUAUGCCUGUUUAAAAAACAAGAA